CCUUAAAGCACCCCAAGAGACAAAAAAUCUUCUGCCUAAUCUGUGUAUAAUAAUAAACAAAUCUUGAGUUGUUCUGCGGUUAAAAUAAAUGGAAAGACUUUCGAAUCAAGUCAAUUUUCAUUCCACCGUUAUUUUGGAUAAUUUUUGAUAAUAUCCCAGUAAUUUCAGCUGGCUGAAAGUCAAAAUUUGAGGGGUUCAGGGUUCGUAAAGUUUAUUUUGAGUGGAGGAAGAAAAAACGAAGACAGUCAGUUUGUGUCAGUGUGACAGACGUUUCAGCUGAGGUGCGUGGGAGUGAGCGAUAUAUAUAUAUAUUUUUUUUUUAAAGAAAAUUUAUUAAAAAAUGGGUAGCACUGAUAAAGCCGUUAUUACUGGAUUCAUAUGCAGACUUUGUAGUAAAAUGAAUCGUUUUGUUAUACAUAUUUAUGGGGAGGAGGGCGAGAGGAUGAAACUCGCUGAGAAAAUUAAUGCCUAUCUCCCGAUUGAGAUAAAAAUGAAUGAUCCUCUACCGAAAACGGCCUGUCUACACUGCAUCGAAAGGUUGGAGGCCCAUCACGAGCUCAUGGAGAAAAUAUUAUUCGCAAGAAAACGAUUAGGAAUGGAUUCCGAAAUGAAAGAAGUCUCGGAGCAAACAACAACGAGCACUGUCACGGUGGAUGCUGCACCAGCCUCCAAUUCACCUCCAUGUUGACACAUUGUCCUAUUUAAUUCAUGAGGAAUGAUCGAUAAUAAUCUUCGCUCAAUCAAGUCUCAUAAGUCCUUGUAUUUUCAAUUUUUUGUGUAAUAAUUUAAGCUGUUGAAUCAUCGAAAACAUAUAAUUAUCAUUUUUUAGGCGAAUUUAUUGAUUUUGUUAGGAUGAAUGUCCAUAAAUAAUCUAAACAUUAUUUUAUGAUUUAUUUUUUACCAUUUUUUCAUCUUGCCAAACGAAAUCCUUUUCUUUUCUAUUAACCAAUUUUUUGUUUUUUUUUUAUUACCAUCUUCCACUGGAUAUUUCUCCAUGAAAUGUGUAAAAUCAUUGAAAUCCUUAUUUUUAUUUUAUUUUUUUAAAUAUAAUAUUUAAAGGAAAUCUGUAAAAAAUUUUUGACAAAUGCCAUUGUGAGUAGAUCACUUAAUCAAGUAGAAUCAAUCUAGAUAAUUUUAUUAAAAUUUGGAGUUGCAACUAUAAUUGUGUACUUAAUUAUUUUGAGAACCAAAAAAAUUAUUACGAAGGAUGAAUUGAAAUAUCCAAUUACCCUUGCAUUACCGUUAGAGGUCCCGAAUCACCAUUUCAACUCGAAAAUCUAAAUCUAAUCCACGUCCAUUAGCAAGGUUUUUUUUCAGGUAAUAAAAACAUUCAUGUACGAUAACAAUUAUAUUUGUACAAUUACUGUAUCAUAUAAUGUAUUUUUAUGUAAGAAGGGAGUAUUUAAAAAAAGGAACAUCUUUAAAAUACUCAUAAUCCCCUAAGUAAAUACGUAAUAAAAUUAAAUUGCUGUAUAAAA